GGGUUGCUAUGGAGAUAGGACGCAGCAACUUACAGAGCAACCAGGACCCAGAAAUCGCUUAAGAGACCGCGGCAAAGUAACUGAACUGAGUUGCCUUCUCCCAUAUUUUCACGCCCCUUUCAUCCAGAACAUUUUUUCUCGAACUGCUUCCAUGGAAGACUCAACCUCCCCGAAGCAAGAAAAAGAAAACCAAGAAGAACUAGGGGAAGCAAGGCGGUCAUGGGAAGGAAAGACAGCAGCUUCUCCCCAAUAUUCUGAGCCUGAGUCGUCUGAGCCCUUGGAGGCGAAGCAGGGGUCAGAAACUGGACGCCAGUCCCGAAGCAGCCGUCCUUGGAGCCCCCAGUCUAGAGCCAGGACGCCUCUGGGUGGCCCCGCGGGGCCAGAAACAUCAUCACCUGCUCCUCUCUCUCCGCGGGAGCCCUCUUCCACUCCUUCUCCCCCGGCUCCGGCCAGACAAGACCUCGCGGCACCACCUCAGUCACACAGGACCACGAGUGUGAUUCCUGAAGCUGGAACACCUUAUCCUGAUCCUUUGGAACAAUCAUCUGAUAAAAGAGAAUCAAUUCCUCUUCACACAAGCCAAUCAGAGCGAAACACCUUUCAACAGUCUCAGCAAUCCAAACCCCACCUGUGUGGACCAAGGGACGUGAGCUCUAACAAUGCUAAACAGAAAGAGCUGAGAUUUGACGUUUUUCAGGAGGCAGACUCAAACAGUGACUGUGAUUUACAGCUGCCUGCCCCUGGGGGCUCCGAAGGGGCCCCCAGCAUGCUUGAGACCACCAUUCAGAAUGCUAAGGCUUACCUGCUGAAGACUAGUAGCAAGUCGGGCUUUAAUCUAUAUGAUCAUCUUUCUAAUAUGUUGACCAAGAUAUUAAAUGAGCGUCCUGAAAAUGCUGUCGACAUCUUUGAAAAUAUUAGCCAAGAUGUGAAGAUGGCACAUUUUAGUAAAAAAUUUGAUGCACUCCACAAUGAGAAUGAGAUGCUUCCAACAUAUGAAAUAGCAGAAAAGCAAAAGGCUCUUUUUCUCCAGGGACAUUUGGAAGGAGUUGACCAAGAAUUGGAAGAUGAAAUAGCAGAAAACGCUCUUCCAAAUGUAAUGGAGUCAGCUUUUUAUUUUGAACAAGCUGGAGUUGGUUUGGGCACAGAUGAGACCUACCGCAUAUUUCUUGCCCUCAAACAGCUUACUGACACCCACCCAAUCCAAAGAUGCCGCUUCUGGGGAAAGAUCUUGGGUCUGGAAAUGAAUUAUAUUGUAGCUGAAGUGGAGUUUCGUGAGGGGGAAGAUGAAGAGGAAGUGGAAGAGGAAGAUGUGGCUGAAGAGAGGGACAAUGGAGAAAGUGUAGCUGAUGAAGAUGAGGAAGAUGAAUUGCCAAAAUCCUUUUACAAGGCCCCACAGGCUAUACCAAAAGAAGAAAGUAGAACAGGUGCCAACAAAUAUGUCUAUUUUGUUUGCAAUGAACCAGGAAGACCAUGGGUGAAGUUACCACCAGUUAUACCUGCACAAAUUGUAAUUGCAAGAAAAAUCAAGAAAUUUUUCACUGGGCGAUUGGAUGCUCCCAUCAUAAGCUACCCACCUUUCCCAGGAAAUGAGAGUAAUUAUUUACGAGCGCAAAUUGCCCGAAUUUCAGCAGGAACCCACGUCAGUCCUCUAGGAUUUUAUCAGUUUGGUGAAGAGGAAGGAGAGGAAGAAGAAGAGGUAGAAGGUGGGCAAAACAGCUUUGAGGAAAACCCUGAUUUCGAAGGCAUCCAAGUGAUUGAUCUAGUAGAAUCCCUAUCCAAUUGGGUUCAUCAUGUACAGCAUAUUCUCUCUCAGGGUCGCUGUAAUUGGUUCAACUCCAUACAAAAAAACGAGGAAGAGGAGGAGGAAGGAGAGGAAGAAGAUGAAGAAAAAGAAGAGCCUGACUACAUAGAACAGGAAGUGGGGCCUCCUCUUUUGACAUCAAUCUCUGAAGAUUUAGAGAUUCAGAAUAUACCCCCUUGGACAACACGGUUAUCCUCAAAUCUCAUUCCACAAUAUGCUAUUGCAGUCCUUCAAUCCAACCUUUGGCCUGGAGCAUAUGCCUUCUCCAAUGGCAAAAAAUUUGAAAAUUUCUACAUAGGUUGGGGUCAUAAAUAUAGUCCAGACAAUUAUACACCCCCAGUUCCACCACCAGUUUAUCAAGAAUACCCCAGUGGACCAGAAAUUACAGAAAUGGAUGACCCCAGUGUGGAGGAGGAGCAAGCUUUCAGGGCUGCACAAGAAGCAGUUCUACUUGCAGCUGAGAAUGAAGAAUCUGAGGAAGAUGAAGAUGAGGAAGAUGAUUAUGACUAAUAAACAUAAAAUUAGCCUGGUUUUAUGUGACACUGAUACACACAUACCCCUUAUAUGAGACUAAUUUUACACUUUUCUGUGUGUGUGUAUACAUACACAUGUCAGAAAUUAUUCAACUGCAAAAGUCAAUCUUGAAAAUAUCAAGCUUGAAAUUUCAUAUGUAGAAAUAUUAACAUUUUUAUUGAAAGAUACUCAUGGGAUUUUCCAGAGGCUAAAUAAUAUGCAAUCAAAUCAUUGUUCUGAGGGGUUAUGGAUAAUGGAAUAUGUGCUCGUACAUUUUUGUUUUUAAAAGGGCUUAGGUUUCACAUGGUCCAGGUGAGGUAAAACAAUUAAAAUAAAUAAAUAAAUGGUCUCAGGUUUAAUUUGUAAUAUGACAAACACUGGAAGAUACAACCCACAGGAAAUUCUUGGACACAUCAAUACUUUUUUAAAGAGUGUCAAGGGGUAUGAAAACAAAAAAUAUUGUUACUAAAGUAAUGUAUUGUUAACCUUUGUUAAGAACUGAUCUCAGCAUGUAUUCUUAAACCUUUGUAAUUACC